ACUUCUCGGAUAUGGCAAUGGUUCUUUUGCAAAUCAAACUACGUAUGCAGUUGACUAUUAUCCACAAUCUAUAGCUGUUGGUGAUUUCAACAAUGACACUCAACUGGAUAUCGUCGUUACCCAGCAGUAUGACAAGACUAUAAGUGUACUUCUCGGAUAUGGCAAUGGUUCUUUUGCAAAUCAAAUUCAAUAUUCAACUGGCUCUGAGCCAUAUUCUGUAGCUGUUGGUGAUUUCAACAAUGACACUCGACUGGAUAUCGUCGUUGCUAAUACUGCUGACAAUACUGUAAGUGUACUUCUGGGAUAUGGCAAUGGUUCUUUUGCAAAUCAAGUUACCUAUUCAACUGGCUCUGGUCCAACUGUUGUAGCUGUUGGUAGUUUCAACAAUGACACUCGGCUCGAUAUUGUGCUUAUUAAUUCAGGCGACAAGACUAUAGGUAUAUUUCUUGGUUAUUUAAAUAAGGUUUUCCAAUACCAAAUGACACUGAUAACUAGUAAGAGGUCUGUUCCGCGAUCAUUGGUCGUUGUCGAUUUCAAUAAUGACACUUAUAUGGAUAUUGUUGUCGCGAAUUCAGGCACCAAUAAUAUUGGUAUUUUUCUAGGAUUUGGUAAUAGUUCUUUUUUAAAUCAAAUAACAUUUGCAACUGGCUCUGGUCCAUGGUCUUUAGCUGUUGCUGAUUUAAACAAUGAUAAUCGAUUAGAUAUUAUCGUGAGUAAUAUUAAUGAUAGUAAUAUCGGUGUGUUUCUCGGUUUUGGUAAUGGAUCUUUUGCAAAUCAAACAAUAUAUUCAACUGGAAGUAAUUCUGAACCUUACUCAGUUGCUAUUGGUGAUUUUAAUAAUGACGCCUUAUUAGAUAUCAUUGUCGCUAAUUACCGUGCUAGUAACGUAGUUAUAUUGUUUGGAUCUGGUGGUGGUACAUUUACAGAUUCAAAAGUAUAUUUGGUUAGUUAUGGAUCUUUUCCAUUUUCUGUUGUUGUUGGUGAUUUCAACAAUGAUACAAAGCUAGAUUUUGCGGUCGCUAACUAUGGUACUGACAACUUAAAGAUUUUAUUACAGACUUGUUAA